AUGCCCAAGCAGAUUUCCUCUAGACCAAAUAAUCUUGGUCACAAUGCACUUGCUAAAGAAGUCUACGACGGACAGAAGCCCUCUUCUGGCAGUCACCGCUGCACCGACUUCUCGGCCACGACCAAGCCUUCUGCAAUUGUCUCGACCUUGCUGAUGAGAAAUGCGCUGCCCCUCAGCUUUAGAGAUGCUUCGGCUGCGAUUGAACUCAUUGUAUCGGAAGCCUUUGAACUCGGGCCGACCCCCUUCCCUGCAAAGCCCGAGGAUAAGGAGUUCGCUUCCAAGUUCUGCGAUAUCGCUGAGAAGCUUUUGGCAGAAGGCAAGGUGAAGGUGCACAGGCCUAAGGUCUCUCCAGGAGGGCUGAAGGGUGUUUUGGAGGGUCUGGAGCAGCUGAAGCAGGCAAAGGUUAGCGGUGAGAAGCUUGUGUAUAACAUUGCAGAGACGCCUUAG